AUGAGUAAAUUAAAUAUACUUCUUACAGAUAUAGAACCAAAAGAAAACGAUGCAACCGACGGAGAAGACCUCAUGGAGUUGGUGCCGCAUCCGAAAUACAAAACACACAAAGCUGAUGCAGCAGACACAGCUGUGCCCGCAUUCCUUGAGGGUUCAGCUGAUCUGCUUAUAGAAGGAGCAGCAGAAGAACCAGCAGCCGCAACAACUGCUGCAGCACCAACAGCAGCAGCACCGCAACAACCAGCAGCAGCAGCACAACCUGCAGCAGCAGCAGCUCCUCAAGGAACAGCUCCUGCGUCGCCAAUGGCUGCAGCAGCACCUCAGCAGCCACAGCCACUGCCGCAGCAGCAGCCGCAGAGCAGCAGCAGCAGCAGCAGCAGCAGCAGCAGCAGCAGCAAGGAUGGCAGCAGCCAGGGAGCGUCAACUGAUGCAGCAGACACAGCUGUGCCCGCAUUCCUUGAGGGUUCAGCUGAUCUGCUUAUAGAAGGAGCAACAGAAGAACCAGCAGCAGCAACAACUGCUGCAGCACCAACAGCAGCAGCACCGCAGCAACCAGCAGCAGCAGCACAACCUGUAGCAGCAGCAGCCCCUCAAGGAGCAUCCCCCAUGGCUGCAGCAGCACCGCAGCAGCCACAGCCACUGCCGCAGCAGCAGCCGCCCCCGCAGCAGCAGCAGCCACAAGCUGCUGCUGCUCCUACAGCGUCUCAGCCGCCUGCUGCUACCUCCACAGAAGGAGCAGCAGCAGCAGGCCCCGCAUCUGUCUUCAGCAGCAACGGCUCAGCCCCCUCUGCAGCAGCAACACAAGAAGCAACAGCAGAAACACCAACAGCAGGAGCACCACCACCACCACCACCACCAGCAGCAGCACUUCCAGUUGCUGCAGCAACUCCUCCCUCUUCAAGCAGCAACACAGCAACAGCAACAUCAGCACCAGCAGCAUCCGAGCCAAACGCUACUGCACUGGAACACGUCAUCAAGGCAGGAUACACAGACCUCACGUAA